CGUAGACUUGGUCCUAUAAAUAUGACCAUCGAAGUGCCCUAACAGGAAUUAUAGACAAUUACCAGACUCAGAUAUCACAUUUAAUUUUGUCAUCGCAAUUUCUCUUCUAAUUCCUUCUUUCCAACUCAGUCAUGGGUUCAGAUGCGGAUAUGGAGGAUUAUGGGUUUGAGUACUCAGAUGAGGAGCCUGAGGAACAGGACGUUGAUAUCGAGAAUCAAUAUUAUAACUCUAAAGGUCUGGUUGAAACGGAUCCAGAAGAGGCACUGGCUGGUUUUGCUGAAGUUGUUGGCAUGGAACCUGAGAAGGCUGAAUGGGGAUUCAAAGCUCUGAAGCAAACUGUAAAGCUCUAUUAUCGAUUAGGGAAGUAUAAAGAAAUGAUGGAUGCUUACAGGGAAAUGCUUACAUACAUUAAAUCAGCAGUGACACGAAAUUACAGUGAAAAAUGUAUAAACAAUAUAAUGGAUUUUGUUUCUGGAUCUGCUAGUCAGAAUUUUAGUCUCCUGCAAGAAUUUUAUCAGACCACUCUGAAGGCCCUUGAAGAAGCAAAGAAUGAGAGACUUUGGUUCAAGACAAAUCUUAAGCUUUGCAAGAUAUGGUUUGAUAUGGGUGAAUAUGGGAGAAUGAGCAAGAUUUUGAAGGAACUUCAUAAAUCUUGUCAAAGAGAAGAUGGGACAGAUGACCAAAAGAAAGGAAGUCAACUUUUGGAGGUCUAUGCAAUUGAGAUUCAAAUGUACACUGAGACUAAGAAUAACAAGAAGCUAAAGCAAUUGUACCAGAAGGCACUUGCUAUUAAAUCAGCUAUUCCCCAUCCAAGAAUCAUGGGAAUAAUACGUGAAUGUGGUGGGAAGAUGCAUAUGGCUGAACGUCAGUGGGCAGACGCAGCCACUGAUUUCUUUGAAGCUUUCAAGAAUUACGAUGAAGCUGGGAAUCAUAGGCGUAUACAAUGUUUAAAAUAUCUGGUUCUGGCAAAUAUGCUGAUGGAAUCUGAAGUUAAUCCAUUCGACGGACAAGAGGCAAAGCCAUAUAAAAAUGACCCUGAAAUUCUAGCAAUGACAAACUUGAUAGCAGCAUAUCAACGAAAUGAGAUAAUAGAAUUCGAGAAAAUCCUUAAGAGUAACAGAAGGACAAUAAUGGAUGAUCCCUUUAUCCGUAAUUACAUUGAAGAUCUAUUGAAGAAUGUCCGCACUCAAGUGCUGCUUAAGCUUAUCAAGCCCUAUACAAGGAUCCGAAUCCCUUUCAUCUCAAAGGAGCUCAAUGUGCCAGAAAAAGAUGUUGAACAAUUGCUGGUUUCACUAAUCUUGGAUAAUCGUAUUGAUGGACAUAUUGAUCAAGUGAACCGGCUCUUAGAGCGUGGCAACAGGUCAAAGGGAAUGAAGAAGUAUACUGCCAUAGACAAAUGGAACACACAGCUAAGGUCUCUGUAUCAAACUGUUUGUAAUCGAGUGUCUUGAGUACAUUGAAGGUGGCGCAGUAGUAAAAGUUCAAUCAGUUUUUGGGUAUUUUGAUGAUGAGUCAGGAGAAAGGUGAAAUUGUCUUUUUCAGCACUCUGUCGAUUUCAGAAAGGGACUUAUAUUUUUUGUAUUACAAACAAAAUGUUAGACACUGCCAUCAGAAGUAUGUUCAUUUAUCAAAAUGUUGGGUUGAUGACAAAUAAAUUUUGAAGGAGUAGUUUAAAGGUGAAUAGAUAUGUUUAUGAUCUUGUUAAGAA